AAUCAUUCACAUCCCAAGGCAUUCUAAAUUCAAGAGCUUACUCUCAAUCCUUUUCUCAAACUGUUCUGUUCUCAUAUCAAUACAGCAAUGGGUUUUCGUUUACCUGGAAUCAGAAAGGCAAUAUCUGCAGCAAACCAAGCAUCUUCAAAAGCAGUUGAUGCACAAAAGGGCUAUCUUGCUGUGUAUGUGGGAGAGAAAAUGAAGCGAUUUAUGAUUCCUGUAUCAUACUUGAACAAACCUUCCUUCCAAGACUUGUUGAGUAAAGCUGAGGAAGAGUUUGGAUAUGAUCAUCCCAUGGGUGGCCUCACAAUUCCUUGCAGUGAAGAAAUCUUCUAUCAUAUAACUUCCUGCUUGGAUGGACAAUAGAUGUCAUUACUUUAGGAGACUAACAUAGAUUGGUGGAGACAUUUUUGUACAAUAGGCGUCUUCUUAACUUGUAAAGAUCUCCCUUUUGUGAGAAAUAAUGAUAUUAUUUUGUGCAA